AUGAGGGGGUACUCCGGGCAGAGCAAAAUUCAGUUGUUGGUACAGUAACCGAAAAAGUUUGGGAACCACUGCAGUGUACGUGGUUCGUGUAAUGAAAAUGAAACUCCGUGGGUCCAUCAGGUUCCAUGGUUUAAAAUAAAUAUUCCACUCAUGACAUUGGCGCCCCCAUGUGGAUAUAGCCAAUCAGAACGCUGGAUAUUUGUGGCGUUUUCUAUUAAGUUGAUAUUUUCAAUUGUAGGCGUCUACUUAAUAUAUGUUAUAUUGUUUAUGUGAAUAAAUACUUUACAUUUCUCCUGUAAUUAAGGUUUUUGUUUGGAAACAAAAAUUCCAUCAGGCACAUUCUCUGGCACCUCAUGAAAGCGCGCGCGUUCGCUGUACAACUUUGAAUUACGAAAACGAGUGAAGUGAACCAAAACUCGCAGUUGAACUGUUUACAUUCGGCAAAGCACGAAAACACGUGUCACCAUGUCUCAGAGCAACGGGUUUCAGGACUUUAUGGACACGGGAGAGGCGAUGGUCCAAAUACUGAAAAGCAGCAAAGCUGACGAUAAAUUGAGAAUAGUGAGAGAAAAACAGCAGUGUUUCUUUGAGCAACACUGGGACACGAAGAAAACCAUCACACAGAUGUUAAACGAUGUAGUUCAGUGUGAGGACAAGGCAAGCCAGAAGCUGCUGGACAUGGAGGAGCAGAAGAGCCAGGCAGAGCGGGAGCUGGACAGCCUGGAGCAGGAGCUGCAGCAGUGUACAGCAAAAAGCCAGGACAUGGACUCAGAACUACAGUUCCUGCAGAGGGAGCUGGAGAAUCUGCGUGACUCAGAGCAGGAGCUGCAGACCCUGCAGCAGGAGGUUGAUGAUGACACCACUGAGGUCAUCCCAUCAGCCAUAUACGUGGCCCAGUUGUACCACAAGGUGACCAAGAUCAAGUGGGAGUAUGACACGGAGCCACACAUUCUGAGAGGAGUGCACUAUGGCGCUGACCUGGCCACACCCAUCAACAUAGACACCUCUGUGCGGUCUCGGUGUUCAGUCAGUGAUGAGCUGUGGAACUUUGUCAGCACUGAAUGGUAGAAGAGAUCAAAGGAAAGUUGCCACAACUGUCCAGUAGUUGUUUGUCCUGUAGUUGGAUUGUCUGUUGUAUUUAUGUGUUGUAAUACAUUUGUUUUAUACUAAGAUUGUAUUCCUAUUGUUGGUAUUGACUUGCAUGACAUUUUGUUAUAAUUAAUAAAGCAGUUUUCCUAAACAUCACAUUCCCUAGAAUACUUAUUUGGGUAGUAACCUAUAACCCUUGCUUUUAUUUUUUUAAUCUACUUUCACCAUAGACAUUAUUAUUUUUAUUAAGACUAUAUGUUCUGCCAAUAGGUGUCAUUGCAAGCCCACUGCUUUUUGAUACAGUACUGAAAUUACUGUACUGAAAAGUUGGGUGCUGCUCACCUUUUUAAUGCAAUAAAUGUCCAAUGUGAAGGUGUGCUUAUGUAACAGACAGUUUUCUGGACUGCAUUGCAGCAAUAAAACAAACAUUAACUUUU